ACCGUUUUGGUUUUGAGAACUUGCUUAGCCCUAUUUUGUACUCCCUCUUUGCAGAAUGUUUGAAAAUGGAGAGUAGGUUUGGUGGUGGGGUGGGACAAGCUUUCUGUCACUGUCCUUUUUUACUUUGCGUCAGAAUCUAAUUAAACUCCGCAAUUUUAUCUCUCUUACACUUUUGCUCACGAUAAGCUACCUUUUGCAUUAUUACAGUGAAAAACAUUAAUCGAAGGAGUCAUCGGAGCAUUUGCUGUAAUGGAGAAGAUCAGACGAGCAUCGCAUGCUGGUUCAUGGUACACCGACAAUCCUAAAAAGUUGGGGGAGGAACUUGAUGGAUGGCUUAGGGCUUGUGGCAUUGUAAAAUCUUCGGAUGUAAGAGGUUAUUCAUAUUCUGGUCGUGCAGCGGCCUAUGCUUUUGGAAACAUAGACCCGGAAAACAUUUCUAGGGUGUUUCUUCUUGGCCCAUCUCACCAUUAUUACACUCCAAAAUGUGCGGUUUCGAAAGCCACGGUCUACAAGACGCCCAUUGGUGACCUACCUAUUGAUCAGGAAGUCAAUGAUGAACUAAAAGCGACUGGGAAGUUUGAAGUGAUGGAUGUUCAUGUUGAUGAGGCUGAACAUAGUAUGGAAAUGCAUCUUCCAUAUCUAGCUAAAGUAUUCCAAGGGUACCCCGUGAAGAUUGUGCCCAUUCUAGUUGGUGCUCUUAGUGCUGAAAGUGAAGCCGUGUAUGGCCAAUUGUUAGCGAAAUAUGUGGAUGACCCUACAAAUUUCUUUUCGGUGUCUUCAGAUUUUUGUCACUGGGGUUCCCGGUUCAACUACACGCAUUAUGAUAAAAAGCAUGGAGCAAUCUACAAGUCUAUCGAGGCUUUGGAUAAAACUGGAAUGGACAUAAUAGAAACUGGAGACCCGGAUUCAUUUAAGCAAUACCUAUUGGAGACGGACAAUACCAUAUGUGGACGCCAUCCGAUUAGUGUUUUUCUUCAUAUGCUGAAGAAUAGCUCAACAAAGAUAAAAAUUCGAUUCUUGCGAUAUGAGCAAUCGAGCCAGUGCAAGUCCAUGAGAGACAGCAGCGUCAGCUAUGCAUCCGCAGCAGCAAAAGUCGAUUCUUGAACUUUAUGAAUGAAGCACAAGUUCAGCUUGAAUCAUUACAAAUCAUAUUCAGUUUUUAAUGUAACAACCUCAACUUUCCAUUAAGAAAACAUGUCAACAUUGACAAGUUUUCAGUUGAAUGUUAUGUAACUUGGGAUCUUACAAGAGCUCUCUUUUAUUUAUUAAUGUUAAGACACCAUUAUUGUGUUAAUGAAGCUGGUUCAACCUGCAAUUAGAUCA